GAGUGAAUCGAUGCAGUGAGAUGGACUAUAAGAACAGACCGUUGGAGGUCCACAGUAUAGCAGGUCCACUAAGCCGAGUGUAUUCUACCAUCGUUGAGACAUCUCCAAAGACUGAAUCAUGCAGAAGAUUAUUCUUGCAGCUCUGGUUGUGUUGGUACUUGUGAGUACCAUAUACGGGAAACCAGUCCCACAAGAGGAAAUGAACUCUGAACUUAGUGAGCAGGAAGGGAAUGUCGACUACGGGAUUCCGCCAAUAAUCGACUAUGAUGGUCCAAUUGGCCCUAAAUUUGAACCGGUUGACGAGGGUAGCAUCGUGAUCGCAUUUGACCCGUCCUAUUUUUAUGGCGAUGGAUAUGACACUUUUGCCGAAGGUAUCUACACGGGUAGCGGCGACAGUAGCGGCGAUAGUAGUGGCGAGAGCAGUGGCGAGAGUAGUGGCGAGAGUAGUGGCGAGAGUAGUGGCGAGAGUAGUGGCGAGAUUAGUGGCGAGAGUAGUGGCGAGAUUAGUGGCGAGAGUAGCGGCGAGAGUAGUGGCGAGUACCCAAUCAUCGAAUACGUUGCAUAACAAAAAAUUGACAAAGAAAAGUAUGAAAAGAUUACCGGUAAAUUCUGAAUAAAGUUGUAAGUAAAGGCCUAUUAUUAUGUCGAUCAUAAAAAAAAUCCAAAAAAUGAUCA